ACACCCAAAACGCAUCAUCAGUCGGCUCCGUCAUGUUUAUGCUCGAGUGGUGGAUGACUGCAGAGCGAGAUUUUCUCUUGUUUUCUGACGUUUUGGUGGCGAUGCCUUUGGAAUACUAGUUUCAAUGCAGCCUCCAUGUUGAUAGUCUGCGUGAACUGACUGAGACCCUUGCGGCACCAUGUCUGUUAACGCUCCGGAUUCUGACUUUGGUGAAUAUGACAAACCAGGUGCUGAGCGGUCACGAAGGAGGAGGGGAAAUGAUGAAGAUGAUGACAUGGACAGGUAAUGAUUGGAGGAAGGAUUGUUGGAGGAGGACUGGCUGUCAGGUAAAAAGAAUCCCUCUGAAAUGUCUGAUGAAGAACUGAAUGAUGACCUUCUGCAAAGUGAUGAUGACGUGAUCAAAAUUGGUCAGGACCAGACUUUCAACACCACAUUCAGUGUGGGCUCAUCCUAUGACCAGCAGGAGAACUCACAGGAAGCAGAUGACACAGAUGAUGUCGUGAACCUGGGUACAGAGGGAUAUGAGGAAGGGGAUGGAGAGGAGGGGGAGUACCAGCAAGAGGAGUACACAGAGGACUACAGCCAGGGCGAUGGCAGACAGAUGCCUGAUCAGCAGAUGGAUUGCCUUGGAGAGUUAGAUGAGGGUGAUGGCUACCAAGAUGAAGUGUUGGACAUCCAAAUCAAUGAGCCCUUAGACAGCGAUUUCAAAGCUGGUCCACUGUUCCACAACCAGGACGGAGCCCGCAUUGCUCCUCCUGAGUUUGAGGAUGAUGACGACUACUUGGCUUCUUAUGCUGAUAAGCCUUCGGAAGAAGAAGGAAUACAAGAGCAGGAAGCCCUGGAGGAUUUAGUGGAGAGAGAAGAGCAGCAAAAAGAGAUGAAUGCUGCUGAGGCCUCAAACGUGAUUCACACAGAUGAGGUUGAACAUGAAGCUAUACAUGAAGAAGAAAUGAAGGAGGACUCUGAUGAAGAGGAUGAGGAAGAUGAAGAAUCUGGUCACAGACGGUUCAAAUCUGAGAGAAAGGAAGGUGUUGCAGUGCGUUUGGCUGAUUCAGGGACUAAAAGAAGAGCCAUCCCUGAAACACUUGAACUGUCAGAGAAAGCAAAGGCAGACUUAAAGGAGUUUGAGGACCAACAACGGCAGAAGAAACAAACCCAUUACGGAGGUCGGGGAAGAGGAGGAUGGCGAGGUAGAGGGAGAGGCGGCUACCAAGGCUUUGGAAUGGGUGAUUAUAGAGGUGCUGGUGGAAACAGAGGAAGAAUGAAUGACCAGAGGCACCACCUGAUGGCAAACCUAGGCAUGCAGCAGCCAUCCAACCGGAUGCCUGGUCUUCAUCAACACCACCCUUUGCGUACAAGAGGACCUCCUCCCUUCCAAGAACAUGGGCGCCCAAUUGCCCAGCAGCCCCUUCAGCCACUCAUCCCUCCUCCCAUGGCUCACCGUUCACCACCAUUGCGACCCCAGUUGGACCCACCACCACCACGCAUGAUGAGCUCCUCCCCAUCCAGCUACUCCCAGCAUCACCAGCAGCAGCCUCCACAGCCCAAAAACAUUCACAUUAACCCCCAUUUUAGAGGUCCCGCAUCAUCAUCUGUACAAGUGCCCUUGAUGCCUCCUGCUCAGAGCCAGCCCAGACCUGCUGUGGGUCCUCAGAGGUUCCCUGGUCCAGGAGAAUUUCAACAGCACAUUCCUGGUAAUUUUGGUCAGCCCCAGCGGCCCCCUCAUCACAUGGAGCCCUAUAGGAGCCAGCCACCUCAAGGCCUCCAAAACAGAGAACCCAUCUUCAUGGGAGAGCCAGCACGGUUUCCUGGGCAGCACAUGUUUGAUCACCAGAGUCCCAGCCCCCUGAUGAACAAGAGCAAUAGCCUCCAUCAGCAGCCGACCAGCCAGGGGCAUAUGGGCUUUGGUCCUCCAGGACCGGGUUACAGCCACCCAGGCCAAGGCCCGCUGGGUUUGUUUCCAAGAGAACCCCCAAGACCCAACCUUCCUCCUCACCAAAGUCACCAGGGAAUGGUCGGUUUGAAUCAACAAGGUGGCCCCCCCAAUCAGCCUAGGCCCUUCAUGGGGCCUCGUCAGCCCUUUGGCCAGCAGAGUAACAUUUUUCCCCCUCCACAAUAUGGGAUGCAGGUACGACUGAGAAGCUUAAUGCACAGCCCUCCUGGUUCCCAGUUGCCCCAUCAUGAACCGCUCUCCACCCAUCAGCCCAUGCAGCACCAUAGGCAGGAAUUGCCACAGCAUCAACAUCUAAGUCACAAUGAGUCUCACCCCAUGAUGCACCAUGUUCAGAAUCCCUUCCAUCAUCAGCAGUUACACGGAAGCCCCAGGCAAAUGACUCCACGACCUCAAAACCUCCAGCAACGCAAUUCUGCCAGUCGUCAGAGGAUGAGCGCUCCAGUCUCCAAGCAAAUGCAGAGCUUUCCAAAGCGCAACAGCAACCUACGGGAGCUCCCUGUAGCACCUGGCAACACAAACAUGAACAGCGCCCACCCCGCUGCCUCCCCCUCCGCCAACGUCAGGCCUGUUGCCAAGGCAACGCAGGGGGUGCGUCCUGGGCAGAACAUUCAGCCGGUUCCUGGCAAUGGUAGAGGAAGAGGCCAAAUUGUUGCCAAGACUGAAUCACAGCCUAGGGGAGAACGGAGGACAGUAGUCCACAAGGAAAUCCUAAACACACAAUCCAGCACACUACCACAGGACCCUGAUGAAGAUGAAGAGACGCGACAGUACCGUCUGAAGAUCGAGGAGCAGAAGCGUUUGAGAGAGGAGAUCCUGAAGCAGAAGGAGAUGAGACGGCAGAUGCAGGCUGGCCUCAGGAAGAAAGAACUGCUGGAAAGACUCAACCAGAGCCAAAGUUCAGCUUCUUCACAGAUUCAGUCUGUGCCACAGAAUCAGCAAAUAGCGCCCCCUGUACAACAACAGCAGCAACAACAGCAGCCAGAACAUAGACAGCAACAGCAAAGGCUGUUUCCUCAAAGAACACAACAACCAGUCAAUCAGCUGCUAAAGAACCCGAAUCAAGGCACUCGGAUCGCUCCCAACAGUGUCGGUCAGGCCCCAGCAACACAUCCAAAUGUCAAGACACGACUCCAAACUGGCAAAGGAGGCAUUCAGCCCCCUGGAUUUUUUCAGAAUCAGCAGUGGCAGCAGCAGCAUUCGCAACAAAAUCAGGAGCAGCAGCAGCAAAGGACUAGUGUGGUGCAGAUCUUAAAUAAGCCAGGAACUCAGCCCCCUGGGCUCGUUACUCGAAAAAACCAAGCCUUACCUUCCUCAUCGGGUGCUAGCCAGGUUCAGGCGCAAGGACUUAAAAUGGGGGUCAAAAGAACUGUCAUGCAGAGGGCAAAGAGUACUGGUGGUGAAGCGCAGCAGGUGCCACAAAAAGUCAGAGUUGUUAAACUUUCAGGAGCGAUCGUAGGCUGUUGUUGUGUCCGGCCGGGACGAGGUAGAGGGGGUGGUCAGAUGGGCCGAGGUCGUCCCAUAGCUACAAGACAGAGCCAGAGAAGUGCAGAGAGCCAGCGCUGCGUCGUGUCCAUUGAAGGCCUCUCGUCAUCCACCACCGACACCCAGCUAAAGAACCUUCUCAGGUCUAUCGGCCCCAUAGAGAUGUUCAAAAUGAUACCUCAGCAGAGGAAAGCAGUUGCCAAGUUUUCCACUCCCCAGCAUGCAGCGAGUUUUCAAAUGAGCUUCAAUCGGCACAUGAUUGAUUUGUCCCACAUUGACGUCUCGCUGAUUGAUGGAUGAGGAGUACAAUAGAAGAG